CGCACGUGGACGGUGGCGGUCCAUGGCUUUGUGGGCUGCGAAUCGGACGGCAUAUAUCGUGGGGGUUGAUUCUGUAUUCAGAUGAUGAAGUGAUUAUUUCCUGUGAUUGUGGUGAAUUGCUGAGAUGAUGAAGUUUAUCGUGUUGACCCGGCAGUGGAAAGUCGUGUUCCUGGUGGGCGUGUUCACCCUGUUCGUUUACGUUCGCGUGACCGACAAUGGCCAAGUGCAGGAGUAUAAGCAGGGGAUCAGAGACAGGGUCGAUUAUAUAAUGCAAAAUGCACGUCUGCCUUCGAGGGAUGACGUGCAGGUCCUGUUGGAGGCUUUGGACGACGCCAGAAAAGGUUUCAGCGAAAAGCAGUAUAUUCGGGGCAGAAUGUCGGAGACUACACUGAGGAGUAAUAUGAUUAUCCACAAUAAUUUAAGUAACUCUUUGGGCUCCGUAGAGACAAACCGCGUGCCCAAUUCAGUGCCAGUGAGCAAGGAAGUCGUUUUCCCCAGUGUGAAUAAUUGUAACAUGACGGCCUACAAGGAGCAAAUCAAGAACCACAAGGGCCCCACGAUCCCGACGCUGAACGUGUACCCUUGUAGGUCAUGGCACUACCCACCUCGCGACACUUCCUGGCCUGUCGUUGUCGAACCGACGAAGGGCAAAGUCCUCGAAUCCAUCUCGCUCUCUCACGUCGAGGAGGAGGCUCGUGAGUUGGUUGCGGAAGGGAUGGAGAUCCAGAAGUCGCGCGUGGCUCGUCUGGCGGACACUUGCAACAGCCACCCUGAACUGUUCAUCCGCCAGUACGUGAGCCUCGUGUGGGACGCCUCCAGGUCACCUCCGCUUGUUUAUUGUCCAAUAUAUAAGGUUGCGUCGACCACAUGGAUGGUCUAUUUCCAACGCCUGGCACACGUGAACGAUGACAACCAUGCCUUAGACAAGUACAAAAAAGCGGGAAAGGAAAGGAAGAAGUACAUGCCUCGGUUCGGAGGGGGGCACCGGCGAGUAUUUGAAGAAUAUAAAGCUCCAAGUUCAUCCAUCGAGAAGAAUAAAGUGUUCCAGUCUUCCUUGCGAUUUCUGGUUGUUCGCCAUCCCUUUACCAGAUUGCUCUCAGCGUACAGGGACAAGGUAGAAAGGCCAAAUCCCAAGCCAUUUGCACCGUACUUUAAGGACCUCCAACGUGCUAUAAUACUCAAGUACAGGCCGGCAGAUAGCAACAUCACGUCAAAUACACCAACUUUCCCAGAGUUUGUCGAUUACAUCAUUGAUUUCACAGCCAACCUGACAACGGCACAGGAAUGGGAUGAAAAUGUUGUAUGUUGGACGCCUUACUGGGUGCAGUGUGGUGUGUGUUCCUCAGAUUACCAAGUGGUCAUCAAGCUCGAGACAAUGACGGAAGACGAGCAGUUCCUCGCCCAAAUCGCAGACUUGAAAGAAAUCCAAAAUGUGUUUGAAUGGAGGAACCACAAGAAAUUUUCUAAGUCAUCAAAAGAAGUAUUACCUGUCUAUUAUAAAAGUCUUACCAAGAAACAGAUACUUUUGCUAUAUGAACGAUUUAAAAUGGACUUUGAGUUGUUUGGAUACACAGUAGAAGAAUACUUAGACUACAGUGAUCAAAAAUAGAAUGUGCCUUUUGUAAAAUAGCACAGAUGUUAGAAAAACCCAUCUCAGAUUAAUCAAAUACAUUAACUUCCGAUUAACAUCAUCAUUUGGUAGGAUAAUCACGAAACUUGUUUAGCCAAAUCGAAAUUUUCAUAAAAUACUGAAUAUAUGUUAUUUCAUCACUCUUCCUGGCGGUGUAUUUCAAUCACAUUUGUCAGUUUCUAUUUUGGAUAAUGGAAAUUUUAUAUUCCCACAUUUUCAUAAAAUGGAAAAUAGGUUGCUUUAUUUUUUUAAAGUCAGAUAUUCUCAUUUGAAUGCUUAAUCAAUAUUAUAUUUGCUACUUCUCAUUUUGAAUAUUCCUUCUCAAUAUUUUGAAAAUAAUUUUGACACCAGGAACAUGAAACAAAGAUAUCUAACCAAGAUAACCAUACAAAUCAACCCACUAGAGUGCAGUCUCGUAAAUGCUAGAGCCAGGGACAGUGACCUAUUUUUUUCUUAAAAACCAUCUCAUUUCAUUGUUUGUUUGUUUUUCUUUUAUAUUUUCAUCAUACACAUCUCGGGGAAAAUCAUGUCCCUCUCAACUGUCAUCUCAUUUUUUCUUAUUUAUUAAACUUAUUAUUGCCAUCUGUAACUCAAAGAUCACACCAGCAUGUGCUCAAAUUAUAUCGCACAAAAUAAAACUGUCUUUGCAUCUG